AUGAAUCGCGGUGGUGAGCCUCCCUGUACGGAAGGUAGGGCAUUUGCACAACAUGAAAGGCGCCACUCUCCACAUCGACGGAGCAGGUCACCAUGGAAGGAUAAGUGCCAACGGGGGAGCUCUCCUCGUUCGCGAGGUGAGGCCAGUGGGCCACCAUGCCCAUUGAGCUUUUCAGUUUUCAUCGGGAACAAACCAAUGACAGAGGCAGAUUCCAUCAUCCGCGAUCUGAACAUGGCAGUCGAAUUUGUAGGACAGAUUUUUCCGCCAGAAGUCCAGCAGUCGAUGCUUGCAGAUAAACCAGUCCCUAAUGCAACCUUACAAGUUACAAGUGUUGUUGGCUGGCAUAGAGAGGGUCUUGUUUAUAAAAAGAAUGAGGUAAUUUCAUUUUUCUCUCCAAUCUCCUUUCUGGAUAUUGUGGAAAGUGCCAAUCUUCUUAUGUCGUCAAAAGGUAGUGUUUUGCGUUGUGAUGUGACUGGGAAAAUUUUGAUGAAGUGCUUUCUUUCUGGAAUGCUUGAUUUGAAGUUGGGUUUAAAUGAUAAAAUUGGCCUUGAGAAAGAGUUGCAAAUUGAAUCAUGUCCUACUAAGAGUGGGAAAACUAUAGAGCUCGAUGAUGUUACUUUCCAUCAAUGUGUAAAUCUGACAAGGUUUAACUCAAAAAAGACUAUUAGUUUUGUGCCACCAGAUAGUGAAUUCGAAUUUAUGAAGUAA